AUGGAUUGUACUGACGGACAGACAGUCCCAAAUAUUUUCCUCAUCAUUUGUUUGGGAAUAUUCCCAGCAGUGAUUAUUUUCCUCUCCGUGUUGUUUAUUAUUUUCUGGUCGAGUCCAGCCGAUCGUUUUCAAGGAAUAAUUCCCAAACUGAUAAGUAUUCUGGGAAUGACAGUUGCCGGGUGUGUCAUUCUCAUCAUUCCAUUUGACGUGUGGAAUACCCGACAAGCAGGUUGCAUUGGUUCCGCUCUCGAAAUUAUUUGGCAAAUUUUGUUCGCUUUGGUUGGAGUGUUGGUUUGUUUUGUGGUGCCAUGGGCGCUCAUUUACUAUGAGGCCUAUGAUGAAGAUCGUGCAGGUACUCCAAAAGGAUUUUUACGUCAAUGUUUGUGGGGAGGUGUUGGUGCUUUGAUUUGCGUUGGAAAUGCUGUUCUUCCUGUACAGAAAUAUGUACAGACCAGCACGUAUUCAUCAAGAUCAGCUGCUGAGAAUGGAAUUGGUACUGCUGUGGAUACUUAUCCAGAUAGCUUUGAAGUAAGAAUGUCGUUUUUGGUGUAUUAUGUGGCAAUUUUGAGUUUGGCUGGUUGGGUUUGUUUCUGUGUUUGCGGUGGAUGUGGUUUGACUGCCGUUCCUUUGGAGUGUGUCUUGUGGUUUGUGUAUCGUCCAAAGAAAAUUGAUAAGGCAGAAUUUAUUGUUCAACAAAAGAAGUAUGCAGCAAGAGCACACAAGUUGAUCGAAAUUGGUAAGAGAUUGGACGACUUGAGAAAACAACCUGGAAACAGAGCCAAACCAAAAUCCAUUCGUAGUUAUCGUGCCUUCAAGGAUGCAGUCUAUCAAAUCGAUGACGAUUUCAAAAAGGUUAAAACUGCCUAUGCAAGAGGAGGUGGAUGGAUUGUUCUCUACAUUUUCUCUCUCGUCUUUGGACUUGUCUUGGGAUUAAUUUCUCUUUUAUGGAUUGCUCACUUGAUUGUUUAUUCCAUUCCUCCAUAUCCGUUGUGGGGUGGAUUGAAUGAAUUCUUCCGUUGGUUCGAUUUGGCAUUCCCACUCUUUGGAUUGAUUUUGUACAGUAUUUUUGCAUUCUAUUUAUUGUUUAGUACAUUGGCAGGAAAUAUUCUAGUAGCCGGUCGAAUUCCAUUCUUCACUGUAUAUCCAAUUCGAUUUAAGGACACCUUGACCAGUAGUUUCUUGUUCAAUGCAGGACUCAUGAUGCUCAGUUCGAUCACCAUUGUUCAAUUCUGUGCCACAACAUUUAGCAAAUAUGCUCAGUCCACUGUUAUUGAGGUUAUGAUUAACACUUAUGUGAAACACAUGAAAGGUAUUGGUGUCAUUUUCGAAUAUCUUCACUACGUAUUCUUUGCUUUUAUUUUCAUUGGAUUUGUGAUGGCUUGUGUGAAUAUUGCCAUCAAACAAAGAAAAUCAGAAAAGGAAAUUGAAGCAAUUUUGAACAGCUAA